UGGCGGCACGUGCCUUUGUGCUGACCUUUUGCGCGCUGCCGUGCCACCUACAUUUGCGUGGGCCACGUGCAGCGUGCAGGCGGAAGGGGGCGUGGGCGGAGAGGUAAUGCUGUCCAUGGCGAAGUUUAGCCCGGAGUUGCGAAAGCGAAAGCUGUUGCACGGCACGGCGCGCUCUCAUCCUGCAGCAUUCAGCUGACACCGAUUCCGCUUUGCGCCUGCGCACUGCCCGCUGCCUAAACCCCUCUCAAAACCGACGGCUAUGCUUGCGUGUAUAUGUGUGUAUAUAUAAAAGGCAGUAUUCCGAAUUGUUCAACUCAGUCGCGUUCGGACUGUGACAGUGUGCAGACGUGCUCAGGACGAAACCGUUGCUCAAGCGUGCCUCUUUAUUGUUGCUCCCUCCAGUGGUCUAGUUUUAAAGUAAAUCACAACGUGUGCGUGUUCUAAAGUUGUGCCAGUAAUUAAACGUAGCCAGAAAGUUGUGCUAUGCGAAGGUCGGCAAACAGCGUGUGUUAGCCUCUUCCGGCGUUCCAUGCACAACAAAUGCCUAGCGAUUCUUAAAGCAACUAGCAACAUUUUGGCCAGCGCUCAAUAGCUCCACCAAUGUUGGGCAAAUUCACAUCGAACCAUGUCCAGGUCUAUCAUCAAUACUCGCGCACAGUCUCCGUAAAAAAGCCCGUCAAGCAUCAGCCGCGCAGUUGGAUCGAGACAAAUUUUCAGAAACGCGAGUGCAUCAAAUUCAUACCAUGCCCAAAGGACGAUACAAAAUGCUGCUGCGGCCAGGCACAGAUUACACAUCAGACGAUAGCCGGCAUCGAGAGCGGCUCGCCGGGCGAUCUGUGGCUGCCCACAAAGCACACACGGCCCCAGCCCACCGAUGCGUAUGGCACCAUUGAAUUUCAAGGCGGGGCGCAUCCCACCAAGGCGCAGUAUGUGCGCUUGUCAUUCGAUACGCGACCGGAGCUGUUGGUGCAGCUAUUCACCAAGGAAUGGAAUCUGGAAUUGCCAAAACUUUUGAUCACCGUGCAGGGCGGCAAAGCCAACUUUGAUUUGCAGGCAAAACUAAAAAAGGAGAUACGCAAAGGACUGCUGAAGGCGGCCAAAACAACGGGCGCCUGGAUAUUCACCGGCGGCACCAACACGGGCGUCACGAAGCAAGUGGGCGACGCCUUGCUCCUGGAGGGACAACAGCGCACCGGACGCGUGGUCAGCAUCGGCAUCGCUCCGUGGGGCAUUGUGGAGCGCAAUCAUGAGCUGUUGGGCCACAAUCGUGAGGUGCCCUGCCACAGUAUUAGCUCACCGAGAUCGAAAUUGGCCGUCCUGAACAAUCGGCAUGCGUAUUUCCUGCUCGUCGACAAUGGCACUCAGGCCAAAUACGGCGCUGAAUUGAUAUUGCGCCGCAAACUGGAGAAAUUUAUUUCGAAUUUAAAGCUGCAUCCAUUCACACAUUCCAGUACGCCCGUCGUCUGUCUGGUGAUUGAGGGCGGCACAAACACAAUACGUGCUGUCCUGGAAUACGUGACGGACUCGCCGCCCGUUCCGGUUGUUGUUUGCGAUGGUUCCGGGCGUGCCGCCGAUCUGCUGGCCUUUGUGCACAAGUAUGCGUCCGAUGGCGAGGAGCAACCUGUGCUGGAGUCCAUGCGUGAGUAUCUCAUUGGCACCAUACAAAAAACCUUUGAAGUUGGCGUGGAUCAGGCCGAGAAACUUUACCAGGAGUUGCUUCAGUGCACGCGCAACAAGAAUUUGAUUACUGUGUUUCGCAUACAGGAAAAGCCCGAAGGCGAGGCACAGGAGCUGGAUCAGACCAUACUCACGGCACUCUUCAAAUCACAGCACCUCAGUCCGCCGGAACAGCUUAGCCUGGCAUUGACAUGGAACCGUGUGGACAUCGCGCGCAGCGAGAUAUUUGUCUAUGGCCAGGAAUGGCCCAAUGGCGCUUUGGACGAGGCCAUGAUGCAGGCACUCGAACAUGAUAGAAUCGAUUUUGUCAAAUUACUUUUGGAGAACGGCGUCUCAAUGAAGAAAUUUUUAACAAUACCCCGCCUUGAGGAGCUCUACAACACAAAACACGGUCCAGCCAAUACCUUGGGCUACAUAUUGCGCGAUGUCCGCCCGCAUAUACCCAAGGGCUACAUCUACACACUCCACGACAUUGGUCUUGUCAUCAAUAAACUAAUGGGCGGCGCCUAUCGAUCCUAUUAUACGCGUCGCAAGUUCCGGCCCAUCUAUGCGAAGGUGAUGAACAGCUAUGCAAAUGCCUGCCGCAAGUCGUCCUCGUAUCAAUAUCAGCGCUAUGCGGGCGCCAAUUCGCUGAGCCUGGUCACCGGGCUGCUGCCAUUUACCACCGAAAUGGCCCUGUUUGAGUUCCCGUUCAAUGAGCUGCUGAUCUGGGCCGUGUUAACCAAGCGGCAGCAAAUGGCGCUGCUCAUGUGGACGCACGGCGAGGAGGCGCUGGCCAAAUCCUUGGUCGCCUGCAAGCUGUACAAAGCAAUGGCACACGAGGCGGCUGAGGAUGAUUUGGAUACCGAAAUCUACGAGGAGCUGCGCUCCUAUGCCAAAGAGUUUGAGAGCAAAGGCAACAAGCUGUUGGACUUUAGCUAUCGCCAGGACGCGGAAAAGGCACAACGCCUGCUCACCUGCGAGCUGCACUCGUGGUCCAAUCAGAGCUGCCUCUCGCUGGCCGUCGCUGCCAAUCAUCGCGCCCUGCUUGCCCAUCCCUGCAGCCAGGUCAUACUGGCGGAUCUCUGGAUGGGCGGAUUGCGUACACGCAAGAAUACCAAUUUUAAGGUGAUUUUAGGCUUGAUAAUGCCAUUCUAUAUAAGGCAAUUGGACUUCAAAUCGAAAGAGGAGCUACAACAAAUGCCGCAGACCGAGGAGGAGCAUUUGGAGAAUCAAAAUCUGGACAACGAUGAUUCCGAUCGAUCACAGCCCGAUGCCGAGAACGCCCUUUUAAAAGCCAAAAGAUCCAUUUCCUUGAGAUAUAGGAUGGGCGCGGGCAGUAAUAAUCGCGACAAGGCUCUAUUGGCGGAUACUUAUUCGGUGCGCGAUACAAAAGUACACGAAAAUGGCAAAGUUAAUCUCACUGCUGGAGCGGAAGAAGCACCCUCCAAAGUCUCGCUGACAGACUCGGAUCCAUCGCAGUUUCGGGAAUUCUUUCACCUUUCCGAAUUCACCAACGAGAUUAAACAGCAUCAGCCGCUGCGCCUAAAGAAGAAGUUCUACGAAUUUUAUACGGCGCCCAUCACCAAAUUCUGGGCCGAUUCGAUUGCGUACAUGUUCUUUCUGAUAAUGUUCUCGUUCACGGUGCUGGUUAAAAUGGGUCCCAUGCCCCGCUGGCAGGAAUGGUAUUCGAUAGCCUACAUAACGACAUUGGGUUUCGAGAAGGUGCGCGAAAUCAUAUCCUCCGAGCCGGUGGCCAUUACGCACAAAUUCUCCGUGUGGGCGUGGAACAUGUGGAAUCCUUGCGACGGUGCUGCCAUAAUACUCUUUCUUAUCGGCCUGUCCUUUCGCUUUCGCCCCAAUACCAUGGACAUUGGGCGUGUCAUUUACUGCGUGGACAGCAUCUACUGGUAUCUGCGCAUAUUGAACAUUCUCGGAGUCAACAAGUACCUGGGUCCUUUGGUCACCAUGAUGGGCAAAAUGGUUAAGAAUAUGAUAUAUUUCGUGGUGCUCUUGGCUGUGGUUCUUAUGAGUUUCGGCGUCAGUCGCCAGGCCAUACUCUAUCCCAACAAUGAGCCCACCUGGCGGCUCAUCAGAGAGGUCACCUAUCAGCCGUACUUCAUGCUGUAUGGCGAGGUCUUUGCCGAUGACAUCGAUCCGCCCUGCGGCGAGGAUCCGCGUCAGCCCGCCUGCGUUACAGGCCAUUGGGUGACGCCUAUAACGAUGUCCAUGUACCUAUUGAUUGCCAACAUCCUGUUAAUCAAUCUGCUCAUUGCCGUUUUCAAUAACAUAUUCAACGAGGUCAAUUCGGUUUCACACCAGGUAUGGAUGUUCCAGCGCUUCACUGUCGUCAUGGAGUAUCAGCAGAAGCCGGUGCUGCCGCCGCCCUUCAUCGCCUUCUGCCAUUUCUAUUCGCUGCUCAAGUAUUGCGUACGCAAAGCGAAAGGAUUGGAGGUGCAGCGGGACAAUGGCCUCAAGCUAUUUCUCGAAAAGGACGAUCUGGAGCGGCUGUACGACUUCGAGGAGGAGUGCGUCGAGGGCUUCUUUCAUGAACAGGAAAUCAUAUUGAAUCAGUCGACCGACGAGCGCGUCAAGAACACAACGGAGCGCGUCGAGACCAUGUCACAGAAAAUCGAGGACAUCAAUCAAAAGGAGAACAUUCAAACAGCCACUGUGCAGAACAUUGAAUUCCGUUUGCGCAAAAUGGAGGAAUCAUCGGAGCAAAUACUGUCGCACCUGGGCGUCAUACAUCGCUUCAUGUCCGCACAUACUGCUGGCAACGAGGAGCUGCGUGGCUCCGUGAUGAACAUUCCGGGUGAAAUGCAUCGCAUGCGCACCAUCUCCAUGUCCGACAAUGAGGGGGGCAGUGGCAGCGGAGGAGGCGGCGGCGGAGGUCCAGGCGGAGGAGGAGGAGGAGGAGGAGGCGGAGGCGGAAUCGUUACAUCGUUGGGUCUGGGACCCACGCUUACUUUAAAUUCGCUGCAGGUGAACAAUCGACGUCGCUUCAAUCGUUCGCUGACCGAGGUGCGACCAGAUGCGUACAUCUUGGAUGAGGGCACACACUUUGAGGUGGUGCCGCUGCCCGAGGAGCCCGACGAGGUGGUCAAGUCGCGUGAGGCGCUCAACGAGCAGGUGGUACGCAAGGCCUCGAUGCAAUCGGAACCCGACUCCGAUAUUUAUUUGCCAUUGUCGCAGCGCCCGUCCACCUGUGAGACGGUCAAGCGUACACCGUAUGUGACGGUGCGCCAGGAUACGGGCGCCAGCACCGAGAGCAAGGAUACCCUAACGCCGAUGGGCACCAUGGAUGACGAUCAGACCCUUGUCGGCGGCGACAAUUCCGAUGAUGCGGCGCCGGACAUGAACUUUGAGGCCUGUGUUUCAAUAACAACAAAACCAAUAUUCUUCCCGCCUUCUUCGCAUACAGCUGCCAGGCAUCGGGCGCUGCGCCAGCGCACCGUCUCGCUCUGUCGCCGCAACUCGGAGACGUAUUCGCUAACCGCCGCGGACAUCAAUCGUUCGCACAUCAGCCUCAAUCAGCUGACGACGCUCUCACGCCGCCAGCUGAGCCUCACCCAGUCCGAGCCGGACAGCGACAAGGACGUGCCCCCAGUGCCACAGACGGGUAAAUCAGUUUUGCAUGCGAAACCCUCCAGAAAUAUAUUGCUGAAACUGCACAGUGAAUAUACAUCCAUAACGGACGAACUGGAGAACGUCUGCCAUUUGAUUGCCUCGCCGACCGUCUCGCUGCAGAGCAACAAAGCCUCCUUGGAUCGGCCCAAGACGGAAAUGUCGCGCGCCGAGGCCGCUGCGCUGCAAGAGAAGAAGCAUCUAAAGGAAUGCGAAGAGAACGAUUAUAGAAUACUGGAGGGUCUCUUCGAGGCACGCGGCUCCAUCGAUGCCAGCGUGCAGGCCUAUGAGAUUGGCGUCUCUGUGGACUAUAGCCAUCGCUAUCCGCUGCGCCGGGAGACGGCCAUUGAGCUGUCGCCCUCUAAGCCCGCCGCCGAGGGCGGACCAAUUGGCGGGACCACAGCCGGCGACAGCAGCGAUACUAGCGGCGCGGGCAGCAGUCAUGCGGCGAAUAGUGGCUUCCAGCUUAAACACGAGCGGCCCUGGCAGCGCAACUCGUCCAUGGAGCAGCAGGCCUACCAGUCGCCGCUGGUGCCAACACGUGCCACCAGCGAUUUCCUGAAUGCGCCGUACGACAGCAGCGGGCGGCUGUUUAAGAAGUCCAGCGAAAGCUUGCAAAAGAACUCCAGCACGGACACGGACUACUCGGCGCAUCCGUACCGCUUCAUCAAGCAGAGCUCAAAUGAGACGAACACUUCGCUAACUGGCUCCUACAACGUGGACACGCCCUCGUUGACGGCGGAGCCAUCCCUGGAUGCCGGCGAUUCGCAAUCGGCGACGGGCAUUAGCAUGAGCGUUGGCCCUGCUAUCGGCGCUGCGACGGCGCGUUACCAGCCAAAGCGCACCGCGUCCGUUGGCGCUGCCGAUGGCAGACGCUUGCGUGACGAUAGCUCCAGUUCCCUGGAUUUGAGCGUGGCGCCAGUAAUGAUGCAGGCAGCGCCAGCAGUGCCAACGCGUACCAUGCAGCUGAAGAAACAGUUUAGCAUGGACCAGGGCAAGCCGCUAACGCCGCAGAUGAGCACCGAACCGGGUGCAGCGGAGGCAGCGGCUGGUGCCGGAAUCUCGACAGCUGCAGUUGCCGGCGUUGCGUUGCCCUCGCAGGUUGGCGCCAAACUGAUUUCAACGCUGAAGCCGCCCUACACCAGCAAGCUGGGCAUGAAUGUUCUCAAGGAGAGCAGCUCCAGCACAGAGGAGUCGCGGGACGGUGAACCCACGACCUCCACGACCUCCUCCUCCGCCAAGAGCAGCAAUGUGGGGCUGUCCAUUCCACAGAUAAGCACACACCUGGUGCAGGACGAGAUUGCCAAGCUGUCCUCGAACAUCAAGAGCAGCACCGAAUCGGAAAAGGAUCCGCCGUAUAACGAGACAAUGUGUUAACCACCUAUGUAAAUAUAUAGAUAUAUAUAUAUACAUGUUAUAUGUGUGUGUAUGUAUGUGUAUGUAUGUGUACUCGUUAAUGUUGUUUAGCGUAGGCCAUUGAUAAAUGUAUCUGUAUCUGCA